AUGGGGCUGAUUCUGUCAAAACUUCGCCGUAGAAAAACGACAUCUGAGAUACUCGAACGUCUGGAGGCCAACAUAAAGAGCAUAGAAAGGGAUGGCCAGUACAAGGAACAGACGCACAAGCGCGUCAUCGGCUACGUGAUGGCGUAUUCAGUGGGGCUGUACGUCCUAUUCGCGAUACUAUACUACUACAUGUACGUGGGCAGGAGCCAGCACCUGCUCCAUUCGCUGCUGUACGCGUCCCCCCUCCUCGUGCUGCCAGUGCUAGUAUUUUUCAUACGUGCUACAAUAUCGUGGUAUUACAACUGGUCCUUGACGAAGAACAGAGCGAAACUCAAGAAGAUGAGGGAUGAGAAAAAGAAGAUAUUAGAAGAAGUCAUGAACACUGAAACGUACAAGGUGGCGAAGGAGAUCCUCGACAGAUACGGCAGCCCAGACGAGCAGUCGAACGCGCUCAAGCCACUGCUGCCGGCCAUCGCGGCUCCCGCCAACCCACCAAGCACACCCGCACCAGCCACGCCCAUGCCGUUGAGGCAAAGGCAGCUGGUCUUGCAGUCGGCGACGCCAGUGAAUCGCAACAUGAAUAUGCUGGCUCUCACCAACGCUUCCAACGCUAUAUAUAAGGGGCCUCGACUGAGAUCUGACCAGUUGCCGCGGCCCCUCCUCGACAAUAAUCGCACGGCAUUGGAUAAGGUGGUUGACUAUUUGCUGAAGGACGGGCCCAACCACCGCAUGGCGCUCAUAUGCACGGAGUGUUCCUCGCAUAACGGCAUGGCGAUGGUGGAGGAGUUCGAGUACGUGUCGUACGUGUGUGCGUAUUGCGGGCGGCUGAACGCGGCCCGCAAGCAGCGCCCAGCAGCGCCGCCCCUAAUGCCCGCGCGGCCGAUACUGCCGCGAAGCCCGUCAGGAAACAGCGACGACUCCUCCGCUGAAAGUGCUGGCAGCGACAGCGAGGAAGAAAGAAGAAACAAUGUGUCGAAUAUAGAGACUAUGGAAGUGUCUGAAGGCGAAUCGGAUCGGCCCCCCUCCCAGGCGGAGGAGGAACCGAAAUCCCUCAUGGAGAAGAAAGAAGAC